UUAUUUUCAUUCUGAUAUUGAGGAUGAUAUUGUUUGCAUAUAAAGACAUUUAUAAUAUAAAUGGCCGUACAAAUUGCAAGCGAUCCUCAACGGCCAAAGAAGUAUUUUUGUUGCAUUUACUAGCCGUCAAUAGGAUCUAAUUUAAAUGGGCUAUAAGUUGCCUGCAAAUUGCAUAACUAGUACAAAACGAACGAAACUCUGUGAACAUUUUGGGCAAGUCAUCAUCAAGGGACUUUCAAUUGGAUGCUGUUGAUCAAUUUAAAUCAAUUGAUUGGCAAUUAAUAAAUCUCUAAAUAAUUAAGCGUUUAGUCCCAUUGUAACUGUGACAUAUAAAACACCUCCACCAAAACGGAAUCUAAUCUCCGCAUCGUCGUCAUACAGAUCAUAAAACUUAUUUUGUUUAAAGUCUACAAUCAUGUCUGGAAUUGAAACUAACAAUGUUGGCCAAAUUAACGCAGUGUACACUGUGGUUUCAACCUCGGACGUCGACGCGGCAUCCACGGAUUUCAGCAGAUGCAUCGAUAACAAGAGCGAUCCCAACGAGAGCGAACUGAGUGUAUUUCUAAACUGGCGCACCAUUGGCAAGAAAAUGGAGGAGAAAUAUGGCGGUGUAUUUAAAAAUCGGAGCUUGAUUGUGGAUUUGUUGGCCAUAUUCUUUGGCAUCGGCACCUGGCUGGGAGUUAAUGGCACAUUUAUCCAGUUGCCCCUGCUUGUAAAUGAGGCCCCCGAAGGAUGGAGUUUGCCCUCUUAUCUGAGUGUUAUGGUACAGAUUGGAAAUCUUGGACCAUUAAUCUACACUUUGAUUCAGAAGUAUUCGCCACGUAAACUAAAUGAUGGUUGGACUAUUCAUGGCAUACUGCUAAUCGGUGCAUUAUCUUGUUUGCUUACGGCGUUCUUUUACAAUCAAACCGCUGUGGUUGGCGGAGUGGAUCAUAGUGUGGCUCUGUUUGUACUCACCAUAUUCACGGCUCUGAAUGCGUGUACAAGUUCGGUCCUCUAUAUGCCCUACAUGGGACGCUUUAAGGAGCAAUAUAUGGUCACAUACUUUAUAGGCGAGGGUCUGAGUGGAUUGUUACCAAGUGUCUUGGCACUUAUACAGGGUGUCGGCGAGACUGGAGAGUGUGUUCUGGUCAAUGUAACCGAAACGGGCGAGGAGAUCUACGAAUCACUAUCUCAGCCGGCACGUUUCGACACAAAGGUUUUCUUCCUUGUUCUGUUCGGAUUGAUGGUCUUGAGCUACAUUGGCUAUGCUCUACUUAAUGCCCUGCCAUUGGCUCGUCAAGAAUACGCCCAGGUCACGGUUAGCGAGGGCAACAAGUAUGUCUACGACGAGGGACACAGUCAACAAGAGUCCAAGAAGCUAAGCCGUACUCAAUAUACCUCACUGUUGCUUUUAAUUGGAGCGAUUUCGUUCUUCAGCAAUGCCGUCAAUCAAUCGAUACAGUCCUACUCUGUUGCUCCUUAUGGGGCCCAGGCCUAUCAUUUGGCAGCCACUCUGAGUGUCAUAGCCAAUCCUGUGGCCUGUUUCAUGGCCAUGUUUUUGCAUUUUACCUCGCUGCGUACAAUUACAGUGCUUUCGGUUUUGGCCGCUCUCCUGAACGGCUAUGUUUUUUCCACAGCUGUCUUGAGCCCCUACCCCUGGCUGUAUGAUGAGACAAUUGGAGCCGUUCUUGUGGUGACCGCCUGGACUCUACUGAUUGGCAUUAUUAGCUACCUUAAGCUUGGCAUUACAACUGUGAUGCGUUCCCAGGGUGGCCAGUCUUUAGUCUGGGUGGGAGCCAUUACCCAACUAGGCUCAGCCAUUGGAUCCGUCUUAAUAUUCUUUAUCAUAAACUAUACACGAUUUUUCCAGGCGGCGGAAUCCACUUGCUGAUCAAAUGGAUUGGAUGGAUCAAGGAGUUUUCAUCUUGUGUACUUAGUUUAGUGUGAUAUUUUUUUUUUAUAAAAUAUAAAGACAAUAUUUGAAGUCGAAAGAUCCUAAUACUAUACAUAUACUAUAUAGGCAUAUAAAUAUAUUUACACCGAUUUAUAAGAGAUUUAGCAUUAUAAUACAAGACAAUUUCAUACUUAUA